UAAAGAACAAACAAAACUCUUCCUCUCUUCUAAGAAUAGCUUCAACUAGUAAAUGCCAAUGUAGAGUCUCUCAUUUCUUGCAACUCAAUCUCUCUUCGCUUUAAUACUUCCAUUAGCCAUUGCUUCUGAUCCAAGCCCCGUUCAAGACUUCUGCGUCGGUGUAAACACCCCUGCCGAUGGUGGCGAAGAGUCGCAACCAAUGCGCUGGGAACAUGUGUAACCCUGUUUUUGCUGAUAACCUUCCAGGGUUAAACACCCAAGGAAUCGCAUUUGCUCGUGUAAAUUAUGCAAUAAACGGCCUAAUCCCUCCUCACACCCAUCCACGUGCCAGCGAGUUCUUGAUUGUCCAAGAAGGAACACUCUUGGCCGUGGGACUCAUCAAUUUCCAUAUCAAUGUGGGACGAGUUCCAGCUGUUGCACUCAUUGCUUUUAACAGCCAAAACCCAAGUUUUGUCACAUCGAAUGGAGAUGGAAAUCGUCUCUUUACAAAAACACUCAACAUGGGUGAUUUAUUUGUGUUUCCUGAAGGACUCAUCCACUUCCAAGCCAAUGUGGGACGAUCUCCAGCAGUUGCAUUUGCUGCUCUAAGUAGCCAAAAUACAGGUGUUGUCACUAUUGCUAAUACUUUGUUUGGGUCUAAGCCAUUGAUAGACUCGAAUGUUCUUGCAAGAGCAAUCCAGUUGGACCUUAGAGUGAUUGUGGAUCUACAUAACAAAGAACAAGUUCCAACCAAAAACUUAAAAAAUAUUGUGCUUUGA